CGACGUACUCCUCCCGGCGCGCUGCUCUCGCCUCUCACCUUGACCUCUCUGCUGUCUCUUCCUCUGUACGUUCUUAGGUAUCUAGUCGAUUACAACGCCUAGGUCGCCAUGGCCUCCAAUGGAACUGCAAAACCGCACCCAGAAGGCAUGUGCUGCGGCGCCGUCGAAGAGGCACGCGAGAAGAGCGCCGCACGAAGGGCGAAGCCCCAGCCCUGGAUCGUCCGCAAGCUCACCGUCUUCAUAACCAUCGGAAUCAUGGGAUAUGCGUUCUACGUCUACAUUGGACGGCUUUGCGUGCCCAUGAUCAAACGCGAAACCGGCGCAUUGGGCGGGCGGGGCAUGGGUAUUGGGUUCCUGGUGGUAUUCUGUAUACUGGGCCUGAUGAUGGUCUGGGCGUUUGAGAAGGUUGUUUUGACGGCCCCAGGCUAUGCUAAGGAUCACGUGCGAAAGUCACCAGCACCGCUCAUUCAGAACGCACUCCCGACCUGGUGGGGGUCUGAGAGUGAGGCUGAACUCGCCGCGGCAGAAUACGCUGCCUCGCAUCCACAACCUGCUCAAUCCGAGCCGAAGGAGGAACACAAACGUAGCCACUCGCAGCGCGUGGCUGAGGUGAAGACGAAUGGGCACGGCAACGGGAGCGCAAAUUCCCGACACAAGGCAUCGCAGAAUGGACAUGCACCACCUGGUGACGAGCAAGCUGGCAUCACCGACGCACUACCGCCCGUCGCUGCUGUCCGAGCUAAGGCGACAGUCGACCAAGGGCCUGCCGCGCGUCCUGAACUAGCACAUGUGUCAUCCUCUCACGUUCGAUCGCCCUCUCAGCCUCAGCCUCUUCCAGGCAUACAUGGCGAGCAAAUACCGGCGAGGUACACCCGCAAGCCCCCAUCGACGCCUAUCAUGCUGCCGGAGUACAGAUAUUGUCACAAAGAAGGGUUCUUGAAACCCAUGAGGGCGCAUCACUGCCGGGCGUGUGGGACGUGCGUGCUAAAGUACGACCACCACUGCCCAUGGAUAGGACAGUGCGUCGGCGCACGGAAUCACAAAUUCUUCAUGAUCUUCGUCUGGUGGGCCCUCUGGUUCUGCGCCUGGACGUUCGGCACGCUCGUCGGGCUGAACGCGCGCGCGUCCGCCGGCCGGCCGAACUUCGACAUCGAUGGGCAGCAGGUCGCGAUCAUGGCGCUCUCCGGGCUGUUCUUCAUCUUCGUCUUCGCGCUGUUCGUCGCGCACGUCGACCUCAUCUGCGCGGGGCAGUCGACGGUCGAGACGCUCGACGCGCGCCGCAUCCGCGAGCGCGAGGACCGCGUGCUCAAGCGCCUCCACGCGUGGUCGGACUUCCGGGGCAAGCGCGCGACGCGCCGGCAGUGGGACGCGGAGUGGGGCCGGGUGGGCAAGGAGGGCAGCCCGUGGUGGCUCGGGAGUGCGCGACGCAACUGGGAGGCGACCAUGGGCGCGCGCGUGUGGGAGUGGUUCUUGCCGAUCGGGAAGAGCCCAGACGACGGGCUGAGCUACACGCUGAACCCGCGGUUCGACGCGGAGGGCCGGUGGCGGCCCAGACGCGAGUGGCCGAAGGAGCUGCAAUAGGUGACUGGUGGGGAGGGAUUUGGAGAGUUCAUGACUGCACGACUACUUACAUGAUCGACAUCGG